UCAGUUCCCACUUGGAGUUUUCGUGAUCAUGGAGAUAUCGGAACCAACUAAAGUAGUAUUUUACGUUAGUCGUAUAUUUGGUCUUGCUCCUUACGUAGUUAAACGUAUGUCUAAUGGCCAAAUAGUGGAAAUCAAGCGGAACGUGUUACUGAUCAUUUACAGUGUGUGCCUUGUGUUUUGUUUAGCUGGCCUCACAUACAAAGGAAUAUUUUUCGACGUUACUUCCAAAAAGCCAAUACGAAUGAAAACGGCAACAUCGAAGGUCGUUACUAUUUUGGACGUAUCGGUAGUCGUCUCUGCUUGCAUUUGUGGUACACUUAGUGGAAUAUGGGGACUGCAUUUUGUGCGUGAGCUUAACCGACGCCUGAUCGAGGCUGAUGAGAUACUAUCUUUGUAUGUGAAAGAGUGUAACCGGAGCCUAAGGCAAAGGCGGAAAGGAAUUCUCAUGCUGGGUCUAGUCUGUUUCAUCAUCACUGGAGCACUUUCUCUGGAUAUAUGGGUUUGGUAUCGAAUUGCUGACAAAAUAAAGAAAGAAAACAGCAAUUCAAGUGCAAACGUGCUAGGUUACUUUCCAUUUUACUGUCUGUACUACAUACUGAUGAUGUUCCAUGUACUGUUUGCUCAAGCAGCACUAGGGAUUGGGAACCGAUACCGCCAUUUGAAUGUGGCGCUGUAUGAAAUGUUUCCCGAAUGUAAUAUCCUGAUCCUAUUUCUGCCACUUUUACUGCAUUGCCUACACAUUUAUGGCCACCAUUUCUUAACAGUUUACAGGACGCCCCACAUCGAAAUUUCAUCCAUCUCGUCCAUCAAUCUAGAUCCGGAGAAAAAUGUUUCAAUCGAUAUUGAUAUAAGAAAAUGUGUUGCCAACGUGACACAUGGAUUUCAAAGAAAACGGAACCCUACAUCGAAGAAAAUAAUAGAAGAUCUGGCCGAAAUACAUGCUUCUCUUUCAUAUUGCAUAGUUCUCGUCUCAAAGACGUUUGGAAUUGCUUUGCUGGCCGUACUAGGCUCCUGUCUGUUGCAUCUGGUGGCUACAUCUUACUUUUUAAUGGUGGAGUUGGUUGGAGACAAGGAUGCAGUUUUCGCAUGGAUCCAGGCACUAUGGCUGUUUAUACAUAUUUUUCGAUUUCUGCUUACAAUUGAACCUUGUCACAUAACGAACGUCGAGUCAAAUCGUACCAUUACUAUCAUAAGUAAUUUGAGAAGGUCAUGCAAGGAUGUCGAACUGAUUGAAAGUAUCAACAUGUUUUGGCAACAGCUAGUAGCAAGUAAUUUUUCUUUUACUGCAUGUGGCCUAUGCACAAUAGACAGACGAAUUAUUACUUCGGUUUGUUUCCCAUAUGUGUAUGUUUCUUCACAAACAGCCUUAAAGCAAAUUAUAUUUCAUUUUUCAGUAUUGCGGAGCAAUUGCCACUUAUUUGGUAAUUUUAAUACAAUUUAAAGAAGCAGAUGACAAUUUCGGGAAAUUAUCACAUUAGGAAAUUCAAAACUAUCAACCGGUGAUCACUAAAUAUGCCAUGAUUUUAUAUGGUCCAAAAACUACAUAAAUUAAAACUACAUUUAGUGAUAUGCGGCAAAGCUGCAUAUACUAAGGAGGCGGAUUGGUCAAAAAGAAGGGACAGACGAGAGCAUGGAGAAGGUAGACUGAGAGACUGCAUUAUGGAAUUCAAACGACAUGUAAUUGUAAAGACGCUUGCCAGAGGCAAGAUUACCAAAAAUCAUAUAGCUUCAUAUAGCAAGCUUAAAAAACAUUUGCUCUCACUCGGUACGACUAUUGAAGAUUUUAGACAAAGGGGAACAGAACACUGAGCUCCAGAGAGCCAGAGAGUAAGAAAGAGUUUCGAAGCAUGCAGGGUCAGCAAAAUCACUGGUCACUUGUUUAAAAAUUUAAAGGCUUUUGUGGGUCUUGCUUACAACGGAGUUAAUUUAGCGACCGGAAGUGAGGUAAUCGUCAAGGAACAUAACCAGGUCCUUAAUAUCGUAAACAAGGUAGACUUGAAGUUGGCCGAACGAAUAAUGAUAUGGAUAUUACAAUAGAAAAGUGCAGGAAAAUUAAAUAAAGUUACGCUAAUAAGAAAGAAUGUACAUGUUAACGAAACACAAACAAGUGUAUCGCCUGAAUAAUUUUUGAAAACAUCAUAGAUAUUAGACGACCAGGUUAGGCAAAUUAUCGUGUCAAAACAGUACUACCUAAUAUGGAUAGAAAUAUGAAAGCUUUUCGUCGUAUCAACAGACCCAUUUAUGUUAAUGUACUCUCAAUGUUCACGCACGUUUCAUCCAUGUAUUUUGGUUUAUACCGACUAUUGCUAAAAAGUGUAAGUAAAAAAAAUGGAGAACUAUUGACUUCUUUGGAGUAAAUCUUUAUAGACGCUUUUUUAAACGUUUUUCUUUCUUCGAGAAAAAAACUGUAACUUCGUCUUAC